AUGGAAGAACCGGGAAAUUUCAGCGGGUCGACAACUACAAGCGGCAACUCAGAGUUAUCUACUGGAGAGAAGAUCACUUGUAUCGUACUGUACGCUAUACUGAUGGGUCUGAUAGUCGUAGGAAAUGGGCUACUUUUGUUUGUAAUCAUCAAGGCAAAGGAACUGAAGAGAAGCAGCCGCAUCUUUCUGGUCUCACUGACUGUGGCCGACCUCUUCGUUGGUCUUGUUGUUAUACCCUUGGGCGUCGUACCGCAGUUCAUUGGCAUGUCAAUCGGCAGCAGUUGGACCGCGCCUGACCGGUUCUGCGAGGCGUUACAAUUCCUGGAAAUCUUCGCCAUCAGCGCCUCAGUCUUAGCGGUACUGGCCCUGACUAUUGAGAGGUAUCUGGCCGUGGAGAUGCCGCUGAGGUUCCGCUCCAUGCUGACUUCUCGUCGGGCGUGCAUCGUGGUUGCUUGCUCCUGGCUCAUGAGCUUAUGUACGGCGUCCGUCCUCAUUAUUCUAUCGGUGGUAAGCGAGGGUCGAUUCGUAGUCUUUGACGGCUCAUCGUCACUGUGUGUCAUCAACAGACUAAGUGGGGUGGCUCUUUUCAUGUUUGUGGACUUCAUCAUUGUGUAUUUCCUCAUACCACUAUGCGUCACUUUCCUCGCUUCGAUUCGCAUUCUGUACAUCGUGAAGAAUCACACCGCGUACCAGAAGCACGCUCCUGGUCCAUCCCACUGCCAUUGCACAUGCAGACAGACCGCAGUAGCGGGCGUGGCCAAAACUUUGUCCCCUUGGUUGUGUAAUGGACUUUGCCGCGGACUUUGCAAGUGUUUCCUUCGCAAUAAGAAAGCCUUGGUCACCGUUCUCAUUCUCACACUUUCCUAUGCAGCCUCCAGUGUUCCGUUUGUUGUUUGUAUGUUGUACAUGAAGCUUUCCUCCCAUAAUGUUGAACGAUUCAUUGUUGAACUUGCCAACUGGUCAUUGUUCACCAGCUGUUUCAUCAAUGUCAUCGUGUACACCAGACGAAACAGGGCGUUCAGGGGGUCGGUCAAGCACCUUCUAUGCGUACUACUCCCUGUGAGACGCAGUACUGUUAAACGAGACCCAAUUAGAUCGCAAUCUGACAACAUGAAUGUCAGUUCCUCCACUCAAGAUACGCACUUGUAA